UCGAGGAGGGCACGGCAGCCAUCAGGGCGCUCCGGGCCCUACCUCGCGCGACCGGACAGGGCGGUCAGCGGCCGCCCGCCCUCCUCCGGCGUUCCGCGGCGCCCGCGACGCAAACGCGGCCCCCGAGGCCCGCGGAGCUGGGUUGGCUCCGGAGCCAGCAGCCCAGGCGGGCGCCAUGCUAAAAACCAAAAUGGCUGCCCCAGGGAAGAGAGCCCAGCUCAGGCCGUGAGGGGCUGCGCCUCUGCCAGCCCCGUCGCCCGACGACAUCGCUUCGCCCGCCGGACCUCGCUCAGAGAAUCGUUUCCACUCCCUGAAGAGUGAAGAGUGCAAAGCCUGGACAAGCAGUGUGCACUUCAGCAGCGCUUACUGACAUCCCUGACUCAUCCCUCUGAGGGAACCAACAAGAGGGCACUUCUCUUCUUGACAUAAAGAGUCUUCACUCUGUCUAGGAGGUGUCCUACACAAGAGCAGAUAAAAAAGGAAUUUUCAGAGUAAGAGGGAUAAAAGCUUUCUUGCAGAUGUACGGUAGUGCAAAGGAAGAGCUCUCCUUGAUAGCUGAUGCAUCCUCUGGUAUUUUCUCUUAUCUACUCUUCCAUUUCAAAUAUAUUACCUGUGUAAAUAGCUGUGUGUAGAGGACAGUAAAGGGAAGAAGAGGAUUAAAGUUAUCAUCUCUAACUGUAAGUCACAAUUAAAGCAAUUUUUUUCUCCAAGGGCAGUAUGUCUGAUAGAAAAGAAUCCAGUCAAAGAAUUUUUUAAAAAUAUUUUUGGUGAAGAUUUCUUUAAGGCAAUAUUGCUCCUCCCAGGCCGCUUUUCUGAAGUAGGUCUGUAUGAAGCUGUGUAUCAGUGGCAGGAUUUUUUCCUUUUAUUGUUGACUGACUUUUGUGGGUUUGGUGUAUGAUUUUUUUCUCAACAUAUGGCAUUUUAAAACAUUUCUAACCAAGGAUAAGAAAUGCCUCUACAACAUCUUCUAAUCACUUUUGGUAAAAGUGAUACAUAUUUGACAAUAAGUUUUGUUUAUUUAAUUAGCUCUUACAGUUGCAAUCCUAGUGUUUCCUCUGGUUUCAUUUUCCUUACUGACAAUGCUUUUGAAACUGUAGUUAACAUAAAGUUAUCACUGUUCACUUCGUUAAGACACAAAUUCUCAUUAUCGUGUAGAUGCAUUUAAUAUAGAAAUCUAAACUUCUUUGUUUAGGGAGUAAACCACAGCAUGAAGUGAUCAUUUUCUUCAAAUAGCAGUGAUGUUAACAGAGAUGGCUUUUCUUUCAGAAGAUAACUAAGUGGAUACUAUUAAUCAGAAAAAUAAUCUUAUAAAUUCCUACAUCCUAUAGAUUCCUACAUUCAAAUUGACUGUUGAACUCAACAAAAAAAAAAUGAUAAAAUUUUUUCUUAUGGUGAACAAACAAGGUCAAACUAGGCUCUCCAGGUAUUAUGAGCAUAUAGAAAUUCAUAAGCGGACAAUGUUGGAAGCUGAAGUAAUCAAAAACUGUCUCUCUCGUUCAAAGGAUCAAUGCUCUUUCAUUGAGUAUAAGGACUUUAAGUUGGUAUACCGACAGUAUGCAGCCCUUUUCGUAGUCGUUGGAAUCAAUGAGACAGAGAAUGAGAUGGCAGUAUAUGAACUAAUUCAUAAUUUUGUGGAGGUUCUGGACAAAUACUUCAGCAGAGUGAGUGAAUUAGAUAUCAUGUUCAAUUUGGACAGAGUGCACAUCAUACUGGAUGAAAUGGUGCUAAAUGGCUGCAUUGUGGAAACAAACCCCAGCAGAAUUCUUGCGCCGCUGUUUGUGCUCGACAAAGUGGCGGAGAGCUAGGAAGAUGCAAGACUGACUGAAGCAUUUAGCAAAAGAUGGUGAAAUCCUCAAGAGCAUACCAACAAGCAAUCCUCUCAUUUUGCAAGACCAACUCGUGCAAUAUUUAAAUCAGCUGAAAAAUAUUUCCUGCUUCUCCUGUACCCUGAAAAAGACAUAGAACCACAAAGUGGAAACUUUAUUUUCAGACUUGCUAAGGACACAGCAGAAACCUUUCUAGAAAAAGAAACUCCUCAAGAAUUGUUUUUUCUUUCAAACAAACUAAGAAUAAAGCAAUGGAAACUUACUUGUGACUGUGUAGGUAUUGCUCUGAAUCACGCAGCAUUCUGCCAGACCUAGAAAGACAGAAAAUAUGGAAAAACAAUUUCAAACUAACUUUCAGUGACACUUCUUAAAACAACAAUAUGGUUUUUUAUUUUCAUUCAUAUGUACACUGUGUGUAAAAGUUCGGUAACUUUUAUGACCAUCUUUAAACUAGAUUCAGCCUUAGUCAAAAAGCUGGUUGUCUUGACCAGAGAUCCUCUGAUUUUGGUUACAAAAUACAUUUAAAUAACAUAAGUGUAGAUGUAUGCAAGAUUCCUGCAUGCUGUGUUAAGUUGUAACUAGAAGUUACACUUAAAUAGUUUAUUAAUGUUAUAAUCAGUAAAAUCAAAAGGUUUGAUAUUUUAUAAUACACAUUUGCUUCAUAAAUCACACAGCAUUUUUUUCAUUUUGGAACACCACUGUUAAGUGUUUUGUUUUCUCCCCUAUUAUUCCCAUCCAUCAUGAUUAAAGUCUAUAGAAGAUGAUCAAGAAGAAACAUGCACAUCUCUCAAAACAUUUAUGUAACAAAUCAAGUCUGCAGUAGGAAGUAGCUUACAGUAACUUCUAAUCACAAGGCAUACAAAAUAUCCAUUUGCAUCCAAAUGCUACAUUCCUUAAAUCACUGAAGUCACCAAUUACUUUAAUUUACCUUUCUAGAACGAAGUUAUCAGGUUCCUUCUUUGUGACGCCCAAGCCAGUGCUAGGUGCAACAGAAAGAGUACUGUGAGAGCACUGUGUUUGAAAGCACGUUGACAGCUGCAGAACAGUAAGCUGCAGAAUUAAAUUGUACAGAAAACAAGGCCUGGUGAAGUGUAGUGGAGAAGAAGCGUUAACAGCUUACAACUUCCAAGUUCUCUUCCUACCAGCCAGGAAACCUCAGCAUCCUGAGAAACAGGUGGCAUUCAAACUUCUCAAACUGAAGACAACACAGAGUAUAGGCAUUUCUUGCAAACUAUCACACAAACUUCCAAUUAAGGUUAGUAUGUUGAUCUCUAAUUAUACAUACAGUGCCAGCAGACUGCAGCCUAGUCCUAUAUCUCAGCAGGUUGCCAACAUAAAUAUUCUUCUCAAUUCAAGACAAUGCUACAAUUAAAUACAUUUUAAAAAUACAUACAGAACUAUUUCCUUUAAUUGACAAUGAAAAUACUUAACAGUGAUGAAAGCAGAAAACCCACAAAGUAUCCAUCCAUAAAGAACUAACUAUAUGGGGAAAACUUGCUAGGUUCAGCAUGAAAUCCAAAUUCUAAUACCUGAUCCUUAGGCCAGUAUUUGAGGCAGAAUCUUUCGGCAAGCCUUUCCUCAGGAGUUCAAGCAAGAACAAUUACCAAAGAGAGCUGGCACAGAACAAAACAUACCAUGCAGACAGAUAGAACUAAAGUCUUUCUUUUUUGAAAAGUGAGCAUUAAAAUAUGUUUAAAAGACACAUUACUUUAAAUGACACCUUAUUUGCUUUGCCUUGCCAUGAGCUGCUUUCUGCCAAUAAACAUCUCACCACAUGACAAAACCAAGAUAGGUGCUCCACCUCAAGUAAAGCAGAACCUGCCACACCAUGGGAACCAGUCUUCAUUCCAAUGUAAUAAGGAAUUAAAAUCUCAGACCAUGGGCCCACUGAAAAGCACCAAACCCUGCCACAUGCAAACUUAUCACUGCCAGUUGCACUGUGUAAUGUUGAGAGUUGAGUACACAGAUGAGUUAAUGACAUUAACUAUUGCCUUGGAUUUCUUUUAAACCAUGACAAAAGUAUGGCCUCUUUUUCAAAACACAUACAUAGAUUUAGUAACGUAAGUAAAAUUAAGAAGGUAUUCAGAGGAGACAGUAUAUGUUGCAAACAUUUUAAUGAUUACUGUUGAGCUUACACAUUGGGUGUUUUGUUGUUUUUAAACUUCAAACUGCAACAAGUUAAAUAAAUGUUUAUAAUAUACAAAGAAAAUACAACCAAAAGUAAAACUUGCUUUAAGUGUGCCUUGCACUAGAAACCAGUGUUGUGUUUUUUUUUUUUU